GUUUGGAUGGGAAUUAAGACCCAGACCAGCCCACUCGUCAUCGACCAACAAACUGCUUUUCAACUCGAUUUUCUUGCUAGAUAGCAACGACAUCAGUGACAACUCAUUGUCGACAUUGGCAAAUCCUGACCCGAAUAUCGCCGCGUGAAAUGUGAUAGUAAUAAAACUCGACAUUACAAGCCGCAAACCAGCCGAUUCUAUGUUCCCCAGAUACACACCAGCCAGACGCUCGGGAUUUUUUAAAAUACAAUUCUCCAAAUGCCACCAGCAAAAGCACGAAAUGGCCACGGCCAUGAUGACAAGAAUGACAGCACAAGUCACGGCAAUGGCAAGGACAAAGACGCGACCAACGGGGCUCAGAGCAAUCACCAAGUUAACGGUUCCGGAGGCACCAAAAUGCGUCGGGUUGCCAGCGCCGCCGGCACCAAUCUGCGCGAGUCCGUCGCGGCCGACACGGCAGCAACUCUCGCAGCACAAUCGCUCACCAAGAGUGCAAACUCUGCGUCCAACCCCCAGGCGCAAGAUCCAAGCGCUGCAGGCAGCGUGCUUCAGUGGUCUUCGGUCGACAGACCGUUUCUCCAAAAAUACCGCCGGGCUCAUCGCCUGUCCACCCCUACCUCUUUCCUCACCGACUACCACCAAUGGGUCAUUGGAAGGCCAGGCAGCAUCGGACUGCAGUCGCCCACGAUGCGGCGGACCAAGACUUUCCGACGUCAAAGCCGAGACGAUCUGGCGGGCGUGUUGAAGAAGCAUUACAACAGCCAGGCAAUACAAGAGAACGACGUUCUCGUUGAUUUCGUCCACAAAGUCGCAACGACGGCGUCUCUACCGGUCAGCGGUAUACCGAAGCCAACGAGAACACGCAGGAAGAACUGAAAUGUACGACUAUGAACACAAUUGUAAUGACUAUAUACUUACGAAUGAUGAUCGACUACCUGGGCGGUCUGGACAUAGCUUAUCAUGGUGGGAAGAAUACCGAGACGGCAAGGACGGCGAUGUGUACAUUCAGACAUACGGUACUUGUUGUGACGAUAAGGGGCAUAAUGUUCAGAUGCCGAUACACUUGUUUCUUUUUCUUACUCUCCUUGUUGGUUUUCUUUAUUUCCCUCACACCACAUACCUAAACUCUUUUAAGGGAAAGCAAAUGACGUCUACAUAUAUUUUCGAACACGUAAAUAGCUACACCAAUCAUUGCCCGAGCUGCGGGCCACACAAGAUUUUCCCCACUGUUGAUCUCUUG